UUUGAUAUUUUAUGACGCUCAUAAUGGCGCGUACUAAUUUGUAAAUAUAAAUUGCCACGAUCUAUACGCUUACGAUUGAAAUGGAUCUAGAUACAGCUUACAUUGAACCGUUGAUUCACGAUUGGGUGGAACAUAUUCAGCAAACGAUAAGAAAGCAAGAGCAGGAGCAGAUUACCAGCGCAACCGAUUUUGCCAUGCCAUUCAUAGCGAUUCCAGCGUCUAUUAUGAAAGCUGCCUUCAAGAUAGCAGAAUACUUGGAGCUAGAGCCAAACGUCAAGUACAUGGCCAUCCAACUGUACGACAGAUUCAUGUGUAAACAUUUUUGGGAGAUUUACAAGACUGAAACUACGAAUGAUCCGUCCGAAGCGUCGUGGUUUGAAGCCUGUGAGAAAGUCUCUGCUGAAGCCAAACUGAUUUUAAUGUCGUGUUUUCAAUUGGCAUGUAAAAUGGAUUCUCAUUCUACUGCUUUAGGAAUAUCGCAGAUUCUCAAUGUUCUAUAUCAGAUUGACAAAGAAUGUGAAUAUACGCAAACGAUCAUUUCCUCUUCGGAAAUAAAAGUUUACAAAACGGUAGAAUUUAAAAUGCCCCUUUACACCCCGUUACACUGCAUCGAAAUUUUUCUGGCGGCGACAGGUCUCGGUGAAACACCAAACAUGCUUAACGUUUCGAUAGAUUUGUUGGACUUGGCUUACCUAAAGGUUUGAAUCGACUCGACAUUCAGUGUAUCAUCUAUUAUCAUAUUUCUUUUUUUUUUUUUUUUUUCAUGCAAAA